AUGUCAAGGAUUCUGACUCAGCUGCACGAGGAGAUGAUCGCUCUGCGUCGGAAGUUUAGCCCACCCGAACCGGUUAUUAUACCGCCAGAGUUUCCCGAAAUGGAGGAUGAGGAUGAGAACGAGGGUUGGACCACUGUUGGUACCAGGGGCCAAAAAAUUGCCGAGGCUCGUCAGGUGCAUGCAGACAGUGGUGACUCCUCUCCGAUCUCCCUCCUCUUUGGUGGUCUUCUCCUCUCCUCGUCUUCCUACAAGAAGGAGUCCAGGACGGCGGAUAAGUCCUCGAUAAACCUGAAGGAACGCUUCUUCGUACUUCCCCUGGAAAUAAAUAACCCGAAGGCAAGCAACUUGUUUGUUGUCUUGUAA